AUGGCCGACAAGUACAUCCCCGAGCACCGUCGCACGACGUUCAAGGCGAAGAGCGCCUUCAAGCCAGACGAACUCCGCCGCCGCCGUGAAGAGCAACAGGUCGAGAUCCGCCGGGCGAAGCGUGAGGAGAACCUCGCAAAGCGCCGCGGUAUCGCUGGACGGGACCAGCCGGGCGCCUCGCUCGGCGCUGCCCCCGACAGCGACGAUGAGGGCGGCAACAUCGAGAGCCAGCUCAACGAGGAGCUCCCCCAGAUGGUAAAGGGCGUCUUCUCAGAACAGAUCGACGAGCAGAUCCAGGCGACGACCAAGUUCCGCAAGCUGCUGUCCAAGGAGCGCAACCCCCCGAUCGAGCGCGUUAUCGAGACCGGCGUCGUGAGCCGCUUCGUCGAGUUCCUGCGCUCCCCGCACACGCUGGUGCAGUUCGAGGCCGCCUGGGCCCUCACCAACAUCGCGUCGGGCUCGGCGCAACAGACACAGGUCGUCAUCGAGGCGGGCGCCGUGCCCAUCUUUGUCGAGCUGCUCAGCAGCCACGAGCCAGACGUCCGGGAGCAGGCCGUCUGGGCCCUGGGCAACAUCGCCGGUGACAGCCCCGCAUGCCGCGACUUUGUCCUGCAGGCCGGUGCCCUCCGCCCGCUGCUGGCCCUGCUGGGCGACAGCCGCAAGCUCAGCAUGCUGCGCAAUGCCACCUGGACCCUGAGCAACUUCUGCCGCGGCAAGACCCCUCAGCCCGACUGGCAAACUAUCCAGCCUGCCCUGCCCGUGCUCGCCAAGCUCGUAUACUCGCUCGACGACGAGGUCCUCAUCGACGCCUGCUGGGCCAUCUCGUACCUCUCCGAUGGCUCCAACGACAAGAUCCAGGCCGUCAUCGAGGCCGGCAUCCCCCGCCGCCUCGUAGAACUGCUCAUGCACGCCUCGACCUCCGUCCAGACCCCCGCCCUGCGCUCCGUCGGCAACAUCGUGACUGGCGACGACGUCCAGACCCAGGUCAUCAUCAACUGCGGCUCGCUCCCCGCGCUGCUGUCCCUCCUCAGCUCCACCAAGGACGGAAUCCGCAAGGAGGCUUGCUGGACCAUCUCCAACAUCACCGCCGGCAACUCGACCCAGAUCCAGGCCGUCAUCGAUGCUAACAUCAUCCCCCCUCUGAUCCACCUCCUCCAGAACGGCGACUUCAAGACGCGCAAGGAGGCCUGCUGGGCCAUCUCCAACGCCACCAGCGGUGGUCUGCAGAAGCCUGCUCAGAUCCGCUACCUCGUCCAGAGCGGCUGCAUCAAGCCCCUCUGCGAUCUCCUCGCCUGCCCCGACAACAAGAUCAUCCAGGUUGCCCUCGAUGGUCUUGAGAACAUUCUCAAGGUCGGCGAGAUGGACAAGGAGGCCAGCGAGGGUGGUGCUGGCGGCGAGCCCAUCAACCGCUACGCUCUCUUCAUCGAGGAGGUCGGUGGCAUGGAAAAGAUCCACGAGUGCCAGAACAACGCCAACGAGGAGAUCUACAUGAAGGCCUACAACAUCAUCGAGAAGUACUUCGCCGACGAGGAGGGUGAGGCGGAGAACAUGGGCGAGGCCGGACCCCAGGUCAACCAGGACGGUCAGUUCGGCUUCGGCGCCGCUGGCCAGCAGCAACAACAAAACUUCAACUUUGCCAACGGAGGUGACUCCAUGGACAUGUAA